AUGUCAAAGAGAUACCCAAUAGUCAGCGAUGAUUACAUAACUGCCAUUUGCAAGGCCAGAAAGAAGCUCAUGGGUGUCAUCUAUGCGAAAAAGCUUGCUCCUCUUAUGCUGAGGCUUGCAUGGAACUCGGCUGCAACUUUUGAUGUUAUCACAAGAACUGGGGGCCCAUUUGGUACAAUGCGACUUGAAGCGGAGCAGAAUCACGAUGCCAACAUUGGUCUUACUGACGCUGUUCAAUGCUUGGGAGACAUAAAAAAGCAAUUUCGAGUGAUCUCAUAUGCUGAUUUGUACCAGUUGGCUGGAGUAGUUGCUGUUGAAAUCACUGGUGGUCCAGAGAUUCCUUUCCACCCGGGAAGAGAGGACAAGCCUGAGCCGCCACCAGAAGGCCGUCUCCCUGCCUGCACCAAGGGUUAUUGCGCUAUUAUAAAUUUGUGUUUAUAUGUUUGUUUUCGUAUUUAUGGAGUUUUGGAUUUGUGGAGUUGUGGCCACACUUUGGGGCAGUGCUAUGUGUAUAACAGUGGAUAUCAUGGAUCAUGGACCGGCACCCCUGACAUUUUUGACAAGAGCUAUUUUGAGUAUGUUUUUUGUUACUAG